GGAGGAGGAGAGACUGACAGACUGAAUUCCUCAGCGCUCCUCAUAUUUCUUUGAAUCACACAAACCUCCUGCUCUCCUCCUGCUCACAGACAUCCAGACCAGCUCCCUUCCUCCUCCUCCUCCGAGCACAUAUCCGAGCAGAGCAGCUUUUACAAAUGAUGUUGCGAAGUGUCGCUGUGCUCCUUCUGCUGGCCGUGGCUGCCUCUAAAGCUGAGGAGCUGCAGAGCAAGAGCAAAGUGUGUGCCAAUGUGUUCUGUGGGGCUGGCAGAGAGUGUGCUGUUACAGAGAAAGGGGAGCCCAGCUGUCUGUGUAUAGAGAGCUGUAAGCCCCACAAGAGGUCAGUGUGUGGCAGCAAUGCGAAGACCUACAGGAACCACUGUGAGCUCCACAGGGACGCUUGUCUGACUGGCUUGAAGAUCCAGGUGGCCCACGAUGGACACUGCCAUGAGAAGAAAACAGAUCAGGCAGCUGCCAGCCCCGUGGUUUGCUAUGCUGCUGACCGCAACGAGCUGAGGAGUCGUGUGAUCCAGUGGCUGCAGACGGAGGUCGUCCCAGACGGCUGGUUUGCCAAGGGAUCCAACUUCUCUGACAUCAUGCUCAAGUACUUCAAGUCGUACGACAACGGAGAUGCUCAGCUGGACUCCUCAGAGCUGCUCAAAUUCAUCCAGCAAAAUGACUCGGUUGUGGAGCUGCAGUCGUACGCAGACCAGGAGAGCAACAAGCUGCUCAGGAGCCUGUGUGUUGACGCCCUCAUUGAGCUCUCUGAUGAGAACGCCGACUGGAAGCUGAGCUUUGAUGAGUUCCUCAACUGCCUGAAGCCUGGCUUCAACCCACCAGAGAAGAAAUGUGCCUUGGAGGAUGAGACAUAUGAGGACGGAGCAGAAACCCAGGUCGAGUGUAACCGCUGUGUUUGUGCAUGCGGCAACUGGGUCUGCACUGCUAUGACCUGCACUGACAAAACAGCAGCUGUGGAUGAGUCAGCAGAUGCUGGGGCCGAGAUGACUGAGGAGGAGUGGAACCUCCGCGUGGCUGAGCUCAACAAGCACCAGGAAACAGUUGAGAAGAUGAAGAGCAGCACAAAGGAGGCCUAAAUAAGGACACAAUGAAGGAGAGGAUGCACGCCAUCACCCUUCCUCCAUACUUGAUUUACGUUGCGGCCAUGUGUUGUUAUUUUACUGACUUUUUUCAUGUUUCUCUGCUAUGUUAAUGUUAUACUUUUUUUUUAUUUACAAGUGUUUGUGUUGAUGUUUGUUAGAUUCAGGGGCUAUCAAAGAGUAUUAUAGGAUUCCCUUGUGUUCAGUACUGUCAUAUUUGAUUGUAUUACUGCGCCUCGACACUAGCCCCGGGGCUAUUUUUACUACAAUCCUUAUAUUUUUACAGUUAUUAUGAGAAAAAAACCUGUCAAGUUGUCACUGUUUUUGGAAUAUGGAAGUCACUGUUAGAGAAGUGAGGUGCUAUAGGAGGAUCCACCUGUUGAAAUGAGGGUGUACAGAGAUAGAUGACUACUUGACACCUAGUGCAGCAUGUUUCUCCACACCCUCAUAGGUUUUAGGAUGAGCAGCUUGGUGAAAGAAGCUGAUUUAGAGGGUAAAGCUACAGUGAUUUUUGAUUUUUGUUGCCAUUUAGAACUGCCACAGUUGGCCACUACUUGACCAAUGCACUUCUCGUCCUUUUAUCUCUUAGUCUUUAGUUUAGCACAAGCCUGAAAUUUGUUUGUAUCUUACCGCUAAAGUAAUAAUUUUGCUGCAAAAUAGUUUGCUUUUAUGUACAGUAUGUUAUUGGCUUGAGUUGGAACUUGUUCCCGUGUUAUGCUCAGGCGAGUCUCUCUGGUGCUUUUCGGUUAAACAUUUCUCUGUCUGUGUCUUACGUCUCUGAGACAAAGACUCAUAUAGUGGUCCAGCAGCACAACUGCACCCAGGUGAGACCUGAUCUUUGAAUAUAGCAUGACGUAAACUGAAACCAAAGUCUUGAAGUGUUUGAAUGAUGUACAAAAAUUCUCCAGGUACAACAUUACUCUGGACCCAGCAACAACACUAUACCUGUGCUUUCAGAAUCACUCUAACAGAAGGACUAGCCUCGCUGUCAGCUAAAGUAGCGUAGACGCAUCAAUAACCGGGUGCAUAUAAAUUGUGUGAGCGUGCGUGUGCGUGAUUGUGUGUGUGUGUGCUAUUAAAGUGAGAUGCUGAGAGUAGUUUUUAAAUGUGUUUAUUGUGUUAAAAUCCCGUAUCUAAAUUGGGAGGGUUGACAAUAAAAAUCAGUGCCUUAGACCUGCAAAAAGUAUAGGUCUCUACCUUUGCCUGCACGUUGGCUUUUAAUGCCACGUGGCAUAGACAGAAUGAGUGUGCUUUGCUGAAGUUUAGCAGUAAACUAGCGCUUUGUGACUCUAGCCCUGAUAAAUGUCUGUGUGAAAGUUGCAUAACUAGGUUCAAGCUAAAUCUUUAUAUUCCACUAAAAGUGCAGAGACUGUAAGGAAUAUGUACAGUAUGUAUGCCAAUAAAGCCCAUACACUACAA